GGUGGAAUCUGAAAUGACAGGGGGGUGGGGGCUCAGGUUGAAGUGCCUCUACCUGCGCUCGUGUGAGGCACAGACACAGAGGAGGCUCGACACCACUCUACUUCGACGGGGCUGAUCAGAACAGGUUGGAAAUCUGAGAAAAUAUCGGCAUCAUGUCAAAAGAUGUUGACAGAAAGCAGGUGUUUCAAACCACCAGGGUGCGGACUUCACUGAAGAAUGAUGUCAGUUGGAUCCAAAAAUCAAAUCAGGAAGAUAAAGAAGAAGACAAAGCAAGGAAGGACGAUGCUGUGGAGACCAGACCUGUAGUUGUCAGACAGAGUUCAUACGUCCUGUCCACAGCCAAGAAAUUUGAAUUAAUAGAAUCUCCACUGAGCUCUCCUCUCAAAAACACACAGUUCAUUCAGUCUGAAGGCAAUUCAGCUUAUCGGGCAAAUGGUGAAGUUAUUCCUCUUCAAAAAGAUGCUCAGCCUGAGGGGUCAACAGUGGAGACCACAGAUGGUACAAAGCCCCAAGUACUCCCAGAAGAAGUUAUCCAAAAUGAUGAAGCACAACCAGAAAAAUCUGUUGCCAACACAUCUGCAGAAAACAAGGAAGAUGCAGCAAUUGACCAGACAAACGUAGAACACAAUGAGAAGGCUACUGAGGUCUCUGCAGAUAUUCACGUAGAAGAACAUAUCCAAAAUGGCGAGGCACAGCAAGUUUCUUCAGCAAAGGAAAAUCCAGAGGCUGUGUCUCCUAUGGAGUCAGCUGAGCAGCCAGUUGCCAACACAGCAGCAAAAAAAAAAGGAGAAUGUGCUGAUAUAAUAGUUGACCAGUCAAACACGGAACACAUUGAGGUCAAGGUCUCUGCAGAUGCUCAUGUGGAAGAUCCUGUUGCAGAAACAUCUGCUACGGUUGGCACAGAGGAGAGUAAAGACGUCCCUGCUGCACCUUCGGAACCUUCAGACGAAACACAGUCAGCAAAUGCAACACAUUUGGAGGAUGCAGGGGUAGAAUCGACUGUCCAACCUGCAGAGGAGAGUUGUGGGAAAUGUCCACUAAAACAGUCUGCAGAAGAAAUAGCUGAAACCGUAGCUGAGGCUCAGGUGGAGUCAUCCCCUGAUAAGAGUGAUGUGAUUAAUGCAACCCCAGGAGUUGAAUCUGCUCUCCAAGACAAUGUGGCACCAAUCCCUGACUUAGUCGCAGAACCUGCAUCUGAAUCACCCUCUCAACCUGCUGCUGAUCCAGCUGCUGCAGAGGGGAGUUGUGAGAUAGGUCCUCCAGAACAGGCUGCAGAAGAAAUUGCUGAAGCCGUAGCUGAGGCUCUGGUGGAGUCAUCCCCUGACAAGAUUGAUGUGAUUAAUGCCCCAUCAGGAGAUGAGGCUGCUCUCCAAGACAAUGUGGAACCAGUCCCUGACUUAGAGGCAGAUAUUGUAUCCGAAUUGCCUAUUCAACCUACUGCUGAAACUACAGUCAAGUCUCUAAAGUGUAAUGUCGACUCUGCAGCAGAGUCAGCUUUAGAGACCAGAGCUGAAGAGGUAGUUGAGUCUGAAAUCCAGCUUGCUGACAACACUAUCGUUAAACAAAGUGUUGCACCCGAGAGUGCAGCAGAUCGUGUGGAUGAGUUGAGCAUCGAAGAUGCAGUUGAACCUGUGACAGCUUUAGAUGCUGAGGCUGUUCAGGAUAAGUUAGUUUACAGAGCCAUUGAACUGACAGAGGCAUUAGAUGUGGAGCCACCCACAGCUGAAUCUGCUCCUGAACCCCUAAAAGAUCAAGAGCAACCCCACACUGAGGAGACGAAACUGAACCAGUCUGAUGAUACCAACAUCUCUGAAAAGUUUGAAAAGCCUGUGGAGGAGGAGCCACAAUCCACACAAACUCUGAAUGACACUAGGUACAGCAGAAAUAUGUGUUCAUUUUGUGACAAAAUAAUUGAUGGGAAUGUCAAGCUCACAUUCAGUGAACCUCUGGUGAAGUACCAUCCAGAGUGUCUGAAGUGUGGUGUGUGUGCUAAGGCCCUGGGAGAUAUGCUGACCCCCAUGUUUUUGUAUAACCAAGUGAUCCAAUGUGAUGGCUGCUUUGCAAAAACUCUCUAGACCUGAAACCUAACUGGGACAAUUGUCAUCAGAGAAGACCCAAAGCAUACUGUGAUUAAUGUGUAGUUUGGACUGAGUACCUCACCACUGUUGCCUUAACUCUGUAUUCUGUCUUUUGAACCAAUUUCUGAAUGUAUUUUAGGACAUAGUGUAUUGUCAGGAUUAUGUAAUGAAAAGGUUUGGCAACAUAUUAUUUAUUGCCAAAGAUGAUUUAGGUCCCCCUACACUCAGAAAUAUGUUUUCCGUCUUGUUCAUACAGUGGGAUGUUUUAGCUUCAGUAUGCAGGAUGAUGUAUGUGCACAGUUUAGAAGGAUGUUUUCACAUUAAUUUGCUGAAAGUGGAAAGUUUCUCUGUGCUCACAAAAAAGGGUCUAUGAACAUGAUUUGUGACAUCACAAAUAGUUUGGAAGUCAACUGCGGUCCAGUUUGCAACUUAUAAAAGUGUGAUAUAGAAAUUUGAAGCCACCAUUGCACACACAUUUAUAAUGGAUGCAGUGCAGUAGGAGACAUAUUGUGUCCACCAGGAAAACCUUAGAAAUUAACAACAUUUGCAUAUUCAGAGAUUCUGGAAUUUUUAAUGAGUUAGAAAAAGGAGAUGCCUUUUUAAAGAUUUUAAUAUUUCAAAAUUAUGCUUUUCUUUUUUUUUUGCAGAAAAAAACAUAUCAGACACAUUAUUGUUUCAAGCAGACUAUUUGUAUAUGUUGGAAUACAUGUCUGGAGGAGAUUUUUAAAUGAAGUACAAACAACAUGAAAUAUGUUUAUUGCCACAUACUGUAUAUGGUUAAAAUAAAACAAAUUACUGCCUCAGA